ACCCGCGCAUUUGAGUACACCUGCACCUGUACUUGUCAUUCAACUGGUCCGAAUCUCAGAAGUGAGUAGUCAUUACCUGAAGACGUUUUGAAGACGUCAAUUCAAAAUGAGCAUUACCGAUGCCGUUUGCAUAAGUGCAGAUUGCAACGGGUUGUAUUUUCGUGAUCUAUACAUCGCAAAAGAGCUAGUGUCAUUUAUUCUAUUGCACGUCGAUUACAGAACAACGAUUGGCAGCUGCCGACUUGUUUGUAAACAAUGGAAUUCGAUUAUUGCAGAUCCGCUGUUUUGGAAGCACAAAACUGCAUCCGAAAAUAAGAAAUGGCCCAAUGUUCCACGUAAUGAACAUAUUCCAUGGAGUUUCUAUGCCAGUGUAUACCUUGACAAUCCUAUUGAUAGAAACUUAAUUCUAAAUCCUAAUGGAAGAGAAAAAUUAAAACAUUGGAUAGUCCUCAGUAAGGGUGGUGAUGGAUUUGCAUAUGAAAGUCCUCCUGCUGGCUCUAAUGAAGUCCCUCUGGAAGCUCAAAAUGGAAGCAAAUUAGUCGAAAAUGCUUGUUUUGCAACAUCAUAUCAUUCUUGUUCUAAAGAGCAAAUAAUUGAUUUAUCAGCUUUGAGAAUUCAACCUGAAGUCAUCAAACAAUGCAAGCCAAAGAUUCAUAUCAAAGAUUGGUAUGCUGGUCGCUUUGAUUGUGGAUGUGUUUAUGAAUGUGUUUUUUCACUUCUAGAUGAGGCCAAAAAUGUUAUUGAUGAUUUUAAAUUUCGUUCCAACAUUAAUCAGUGGGAAGGCCGUGAGUGGCAUAAGGUAGAACAUUGCUUCAGUGAAUAUCCAGACAAUGUACGUUUCAUAAAAUUUUAUCACGGAGGAACUGAUCGUCAAUUUUGGGCCGGACAUUAUGGGGCUAAAAUGACAGGAUCGUCUGUUACCAUAAGUUUUGACUGACAUAAUUUCUAUUUUCACUCAUUUUUUUAUAUUAUAUUUUCAUCUGAGGUGAAUUAUGGAUUUGAUCCGUUUCCUACUUAUACGAAUCUAAUGUCAAAAUCUUGUUCGUUGUCUUAUCCCGUGUGUUCGCCUUUAUGGCUUUAUAUUAUUAUACACGCUAAACAAAUCUA